AUGAAGAAAGCUUCUUUGGCAGAGGAUAACAAUGCUAAUUUGCAAGGGAAAGAAGGAAGCAAGCUUAACAGGUGAGUAGGUUUGCCUUUCGCUGUACAUAGCAAAUUUUUCUUCUCGAUAAAACGUGUAUUGAGGACGGUUUGGUAAGUGUAACUUGUUAAUCUUUUACAUUUUAGUCUUAAAUAAGGGUUCUAGAGUUUUAUGAGAAGUUACCGAAGCUGUUUCCUCCAGAAUAUUAGUGUACAAAAUUCUGGCUUGAGCUUAAGCUUAAUUAAAUUGGGAUUCAUAAGGUUACAUAUAUAGUUGCUUACGAUGAAAAGUUUAUUCGUUUCGCUUCGCGUGAUCGGGUGGCGACAAUUUAAAAAGUAACUGAUGGUUUCGAGAAACCCCUUCACAACACUUAGAGACGAUAUAUUUAAUGAAUUAUAAGUAUUAUAGAUUUGUUUAAAUAGUAACAAAGCUGGGUUUAAGUCUUGUACACAAUGAAAUUUAUUUUCUUAAUAUUAUCAUUUUUUACCCUACUAUGACAUGUUCAAUACUGAAACUUCUUGAAAGGGUGUUUGGCUUAUUUUACUGUUGUUGUUGUUAAAGUAGUAAUAAGAAUCUUCAGUAUACUUGCAAAACAAAGUAACAAAAUUAAUUAGCAUAUAUUCCUCAUAAUUUUCUACAGAGCAUUAGCUACAUGUAGCACUAGUGGGGAGUUUAGAUGGUGCCUAUGUUUUAAGGAGAUGGCCUGGCAACUGUUAUCAAGGUUAUUGCAUUUGUAUAUAAACCAAGAUUCAAAAUCUGCAUUCUGAAACUUGCACACUAGUAAACUGAAAGAAACCUGGAAAAAAAAUGCUUUCACUUUUAAAUGUAAAAGUGAUUUACUGAACUUUAUCCUAAUUUACUAGCAUAAUGGUCCCCUUAGGAUUUUGGGAGAACACUUCAAAAUCAUGUAUUUCUCAGCUCAGGCUUGUGAUUUGCAAGCAUUCCUUGUUCUUUUUCUACCAUCAUCCAACUUGGGUCAUUGCUUGUUCCUGGAGGAGACACAGAAGGGAAGUUUAGAUAGAGAUGUGCUGUUGAGGUCUUCAAACCCUGACCCCGUUUAUCCCUCACGAAGAUGUAUAAGCCCAGGGCUUGCAGGGCUCUCAAAAAGUUUUUAAGUAGCAGGCUGAUAGUGAAUAGUAGGCAGCUUUGAAACUUGCACCAAAGGUACAAGUUCUUGAGGGCUGAAGCAUCUAGGGACAUUUUGAAAUUUAGAGUCUCAGAAAUUGCAUUUCCAGGAAUUUAUAAGAGGUAUUUUCCACCAGGGGGGCCAUGUUGUUUGGUCAGAAUACUCACAAGACUGGGAACAAUGCUGUUAAAAUGUCCCAAGCGUUCCUCAACGUCACACGGUUCCAAUGUUUCACGAGGGGGUGAAUAGGGGUAUGCAAAUCCGCCAAUCCGGGGUAUUUUUAGGCCCAAUCCGUUGAUCUGACUUAAUUUUUGUUCAAAUCCAAAUCUGUGUUCCUUAAAAAAUUUUUCGUGGUAUAUAGAAAGACUUAGUGUUGUAGCAUGAAAAAGUGAAUUACUUAACCCAUUUGCCCCUAAACCGCCCGUAACCGCCCGUGCGGAUCCAGGUCCUUUCUACCCUUUGUGGCGUCAUCAGUUUUAACGGUCAAGGACAACUUUCUUCGCUAACUUGUGCAGAGUGAAGAGAUCUUUCAAAGCAUACCAGAAUGAGCACAAUUCAGUCUAGGACACCGGAGAAAGAAGCAAAAAACCACGUGACAAGGACCUGAAAAUCUCCAUGAAAAUCUUGUUCCAUUACCCACCUACCUUUCCUUUCACCUAAUCCUAAGAUCCUAAAAGCUUUCCUAAAAACUCUUCCCACCAAAUUGAAGCCUACUAAAUGCCCAGCAAGAGAAAAAAAAAAUGAGGCAAGAAAAGCGAAAAAAGAAGGGAGGAGAGAAAGCGAAAAGUAAAAAGUCAAGACUGCUGUGUCACUUUUAAAUCCAAAAACUAUUGCUUUCUGCGCAUGCCCGAACUUCGCAAGCUCAUAUUUUGCAUCUGGAUCAGAAGGCCGCCAAGUGUACGACCUGUAAACCGGUUUGUGGUAAGUUUUAGCUCUUUAUAGCUCGACAGUGACCAGAAAACCACUCGACUAGCUUCAGAACGCGAUUUUCGGCAAAAUCUCCAGGAGCGAAUGGGUUAAUAUAGUUGUUCUGUAAUCGCAACAGAUGCGGGACUUCAUGUUUAAGAAGUUUUCGUUACAGCUUCAAAGCAUUAAGCAUUAAGGACAGAGCUUAUAAUGUUUCUUCCAACAAUACAGAUUUGACUAAUCAAAUAGUCUGCAAGCUUGCAAAAUGAAAGUAUCUGGUAUUGCAUAAAAGAUUUUUCAAUAAAUUUAUUUACUGACAUCACUUUGGACAUGCUUCUAGUCGAGCCGCAAAAUUCGGAAGAGGCAGAACUCAAUGUCAUCGUAAUUUGCUUAAGAGUAAGUAUUUUCCAUGGUUCAUCUUGGAAGUCUUGAGACCCU